AUGGACGUUUUCCGCGUCUUUGAUUGCCUCAACUAUAUCCCCAAUCUCUUGGUUGGUCUUGAGGCCGCGGGUACGGCAGGAGGUGUUGUCGAAGCGGCCGUAUGCUAUUCGGGUGACAUCAGUGACCCCUCUCGCACAAAGUACACUCUGCCCUACUACCUCGACGUCGUGGACCAGCUGGUAAAGGCUGGUACUCAUAUUUUAGGCAUCAAAGACAUGGCUGGUGAGCAUUUAUAUGCUUCUGUGUUUUAUGUCAUUUCCUUUGCUUGGUUAGCCGUUCUGUUGAUAUAUCGCUCUUCCACUUAUUUCCCUGGUUUAUCUGUAUCUUUGUGUCGAAUUGUGGCCUUCGUGUAG